AUGCCGGUCCCACGGGCCCCGGGCAUCCUCGGGCCGCACCCGGUUGGCCCUCAGGCGCACCUCGCCGCCGCCCCUUACCAGGCGGGUGGGGGUGGCCACGCACCGGGCGGCUAUGCCCCGGGCGGCUACGCGCCCCCGCUGGCGCCCGCCUCCUUCGGCUACGCGCCACCGCCUGUGCCGGCUCAGCUCCCUCCGGCUCCAUGGGAUCCCGCUCUGCUCGCUGCACUACACUCGGCACCGUCUCCCUCCAACUACGGAGGUGGCGGUGAUUGGUACAUGGACACGGGGGCUACCGCCCACAUGGCGUCGCACCCCGGUAACCUUGCCUCUUCCUUCCCGGUCACCACUUCGAACCCCAUCACCUUCGGUGAUGUUAAAAAUCUUGUCUCUGUUCGUCGUCUUGCACGUGACAAUCCUCUCACUGUUGAAUUUGAUGGCCUUCGUUUCUCUGUGAAGGACGCCCGUACACGGAUUGUGCUCCACCGAUGUGACAGCCCCGACGACUUGUACCCGGUGCACUCCGCCGCCACCGCCUCUCCAGUCGCCCUCGCCGCCGGUGUCGACCUCUGGCGCCCUAUCCUCGCCCUCCAGACUGACAACGACAAAGAGUUUGACAAUGCUGCCACUCGCCACCUUCUCGCAUCUCAUGGUACCACCUUUCGUCUCACGUGCCCCUACACAUCUCAGCAGAACGGCCGCGCCGAGCGGAUCCUCCGCACUCUCAACGACUGCGUCCGCACGUUGUUGUUCCACUCCAACAUGCCCCCUCGGUUCUGGCCCGAUGCUCUCGCCACCGCUACUCUCCUAGUACCGCCUUCUGCAGCAGACUCGACGCUCCAUGAUGGUGUCUCGGAUGCGGACCCGGUGCAGCCCCCGGCGCGGCUCCCGCUGGCUCCUCCCGGUGCGGCCUCGGCGCGCCUCCCCGCGGAGGGCCCCUCUGCUGCGGCCCCCGCCGCGGGCCCCUCCGCCACGGACCCGACUGCACGCCCCCCGGCGCGGCCCUGCUUGGCCGCGGGUGACCCUUCGGCUACCACCACGCCGGGUGGCGCGGCUGGCUCUGCCCCGGCCGGCGCUACCUCCCCGGCUGGUCCCGCCGCUUCGGCCGGUUCCGGUCCCGCUGUGACGCCGGGCGCGAGGGACUCUUCACCACCCCGUCCGUUUCUCCCGCCGCAGCCGACCCGCCUUCCGCCGGCAUGA